AUGCCAGCAGACGCACAAUCGUUGGAGCUAUCUUAUACCCAUUUCGCACUCAUAUAUAUCGACGCAGAUGGCAUAAUUUGUCUACGAGUCUCAGACUCUAUCGCAAAGAGUUGGCAGGAGAUACUAUCCACACAGGUAACGGAUGCAUUCCUGAGAGCUGUGGGUAUGGCAAUAAAGACUUGCUCCUCAAAUUAUCAAGUCGAACAAGGCAUGCCAGUAUCCCCAAACCAAGCACCUGCAGUAAUUGCCAAAACCACCCAUUCAUCACAUAUGACUCAGGAACACUAUGUUGGGACGAGGUUUGGGGUUGAGGCACGCAUGCGAAAGCCUGUCCCAGUGGCAACUUGUUUUCGGCCUCUAGUCCGGCCUAUCUGCAGACAGUCUUGGCCCUGCUUGUCCACUGAAGAUCCCUCACGUCACCGGAAGGAGCUUUGCAAAAAAGAUUUCAACAUGAUUAGCGACAAGAAAGCUAUGGUAUCCGUCAAAGACCGUGAUAUAUUGGCCUUAUAUUAUAUGAAGGCCUUCGAGGAUCUGCAACAGACAAAUUGUCGAAUCCUUGCGAAAGCCUAUAUCAAGCUGGUGGAGCCUCAGAAGCAGGUGAACUAUCCAUACAAUGGGCGAAAGAUUGUUGCAAUGGCUCCAAGGCAGUUUGAUCCUGAGAUGACUAAACCACCGUGGUGGCCUUCUGGAGUAAGCCAUCGAGAGCCAGAUCACCUCCCUAAAGUUGAACGCAUUCAGCUUCUGGUUCACAUUCUUCGCGAGCUGCGCACCAGCCAUGGGAUUUCGGUCGCAAAACUACAAGGAGCUGAUCAGCCUAUUCGCCAUUUGAUAUCCCCACCUGAGCGAUUACAUAUCCUCGACGAGCUGUAUCAAGUCAGGCACCAAGAAGAAAAGUCCUUAGAAGGAUCAACUGGUAAGCGCAAAGAGAAAAGUCUCGGUCGUUUACAAACUGAUAUCUCUUCCAUAGAUGGACAAACCAUAGCGUGUAUCUCUCUUGUAAAUCGUCCAAAACCAGCGGAGACAAAUGCUAGCUGCGCAGACGGCAGCGGAAACAGCACAAUAAGUAAUCCAGUCACAAUUCAAGACUCUGAGCCUUUUGUAAGCUGCUCGAGAUACGCCUCUACCUUGACUGCGCCCGAUAGACAGUUCUCCACCAGUUCAUCGUCGAGCGCCCGCCCAAGCCAAAUCACAGGUGUCAAGCCCGAACGACAGUUUCUCGAGCAUCAACGAAGGUUUGACACUAUGUGUGUCCCUCCACCUGUUCUGAAGAGGAAACGUGGCUCCUUUGAGACCUACCCGGUUCAUACAAGAAGCCCUUCCAUAAGCCAGUGUAUGGCACUCCUUACCACCUUCAGUAUCCGGAAGCCUUUUUAA